AUGUGGGAGCAGGAGGAUAAAAGAAAGCGAGAUCGGGAUCGGGCUGAGAGUGAGGCAGAAAAAGAACUUCAGUGUCAGACUCCUAUAAGACUAGAAUUGCCCCCGGAGAAGCCUCUAACUAGUUCACUGUCUAAGCAAGAAGAAGUAGAACAAACACCCCUUCAAGAGGCUUUGAAUCAACUGAUGAGGCAAUUACAAAGAAAGGACCCAAGUGCUUUCUUUUCAUUUCCUGUGACUGAUUUUAUUGCUCCUGGCUACUCUAUGAUCAUUAAACACCCAAUGGAUUUUAGUACUAUGAAAGAGAAGAUCAAGAACAAUGACUACCAAUCUAUAGAAGAACUGAAGGAGAACUUCAAACUGAUGUGUAGCAAUGCAAUGAUUUACAAUAAACCAGAAACCAUUUAUUAUAAAGCUGCAAAGAAGCUACUCCAUUCAGGAAUGAAAAUUCUUAGUCAGGAAAGAAUUCAAAGCCUGAAACAGAGUAUAGACUUCAUGGCCGACUUGCAGAAGACUCGGAAGCAGAAAGACAAGAUGGAAAUACAACAGAGUGGGGAAGACAAUGGCUAUCUACUAAAAGAUAAAGAUGAUUCUUUGGACAAUGAUAUUAAAGUUUUCAAAAGUCCAAAUAAGGAAAAUAAAAAGAAAGACAAAGAUAUGCUUGAAGAUAAAUUUAAAAACAAUAACUUAGAAAGGGAACAAGAGCAAAUUGACCGCAUUGUUAAAGAAUCUGGGGGAAAGUUGACCAGAAGGCUUAUAAAUAGUCAGUGUGAGUUUGAAAGAAGAAAACCAGAUGGAACCACAACAUUAGGACUUCUUAAUCCUGUGGACCCUAUUGCAGGAGAACCUGGCUAUUGUCCUGUAAGAUUGGGAAUGACAACUGGAAGACUUCAGUCUGGAGUCAAUACACUGCAGGGCUUCAAAGAGGACAAAAGGAAUAAAGUUACUCCAGUGUUAUACUUGAAUUAUGGACCCUACAGUUCUUAUGCACCCAACUAUGAUUCUACAUUUGCAAAUAUCAGCAAGGAUGAUUCUGAUUUAAUCUACACAACUUAUGGGGAAGAUUCUAAUCUUUCAGGUGGUUUCAGUAUCCAUGAGUUUUUGGCCACAUCACAAGAUUAUCCGUAUGUUAUGGCAGAUAGUUUAUUGGAUGUUUUAACAAAAGGAGGACAUUCUCGAACCCUCAGAGAGCUUGAGACGCCAGUACCUGAAGGUGAAACCCAGAAUGGUAGUCUUGACAGUGCAAAAGACAUGGAGGUUACAGAAACAGACUCAGCUGGUUCUUUGGACUCUAGUACUAAUAAGGACAGACUUACAGCACUAAAGGCAGUAACAAACUUUGGAGCCCAGAUUGAGAUUUUUGAUUCUGAAGAGGCUGAAGUAUUCCAGAGAAAACUUGAUGAAACCACUAAAUUACUCAGAGAACUUCAGGAGGCUCAGAAUGAACGUCUGAGUACCAGACCUCCUCCUAAUAUGAUUUGCCUUUUGGGACCAUCUUACAGAGAAAUGCAUUUGGCUGAACAGGUGACCAACAAUCUGAAAGAACUUGCACAGCAAGUAACCCCAGGUGACAUAGUAAGCAUGUAUGGAAUCCGGAAAGCAAUGGGGAUUUCCAUUCCUUCUCCUGUCAUAGACAAUAGCUUCAUAGAUUUAACAGAAGAUCUUGAAGAACCAAAAAAAAUCAGCACCACUGAAUGUGGAGGAUCUGAUGGAAUUUAAAGUUAUAACAGUGGUAUUUGAUUAUAUAUAGUGUAUAUAUUUUUUUCAUUCUUAACUUGGAACUUUUUCAGGGCACAUUAAAUAUUUGUAAAUUGUGUUUUUAAUGAGUUAAACUUUGGAAUGAUCAAUUUUAGUGUUCCAAAGAUAGAACAUGUAUUAAAAUAAUAAAUCUGAACUUUGAAUUA